GACACGUGCCCUGUGGCCUCAUCUGCCACCCUGAUAAGGAGCACGUGCUCUAUCCCCUGGGUUGUACCGUGGUCAUUCAGGAGCUGGACAGUAAGAAGCAGGCUUUCUUGCAUGGCCACACCAACAAUGUCUCCUGUGUUGUCCUGUCCAGGGACGGGGUGUUCGUGGCUUCGGGAGAAGUCACUUCCAUGAGCUUCAAGGCAGACAUCAUCCUGUGGGAUUUCCAGGGGAAGGAGCUGCUUACUCGGCUGUCCCUUCACAAGGGUCGGGUCGCAGGACUCGCGUUUUCUCCCCACAACCUGUACCUCGUGUCGCUGGGAGGCCAGGAUGAUGGCAGCGUGGCGGUGUGGGACGUGGCCCAGCGCCAGGCUGUCUGCGGGAGCCCGGCCUCGCCACGCAGCGCCGGCUACACCGCCCUGCUGGCCUGCUCCGCCCACAGGGACGAGCUCUUUGUCACCGCCGGCAGCGGGACCAUCCGCAUGUGGGAACUGGAUCUGGCAAAAAGGAAAAUCCACCCGACCGAAUGCCAGACAGGGAAACUGAAGAGAGUCUUCACCUGCAUUAAGAUGACAGAUGAUGGUAAUGAUUUUUAUGUUGGCACAUCAAGUGGUGAUGUUCUGAAACUGAAUAUGAACACCAAGCUGAUGACUGGCUAUGGGCCCCAGAAGGAGAAUUUUGCCUUGGGAGUCACAGCUUUGCUUCUGCUGAAGACAGGAGAUUUAAUAGUAGGCAGUGGAAAAGGGAUUGUAGCUCUCUGUAAAGGCUCCAACUACAAAGUAAUGAAGAGUAUUCAAGUCCAAGGUGCUGUCACUUCCCUGACGCACAGAGGUCAGGGGCACCAGUUCUUUGUGGGGACAAACAAUGUCCAGAUUUAUCGUGUGCUCCACGCUGACUUCAGAGGGGGGCUGGUUGCUGCCUGCCACAACGAAGCCGUCCACGACAUCGUUUUUCCUGUGGGAAUUUCUGACUUGUUUGUUACCUGCUCCAAAAAUGAUAUUCGUGUGUGGCACACCCCAGAGAACAAGGAGCUCCUGCGGAUCGACAUGCCCAACUUGACCUGCCAUGCCGUAGAGGUCAUGAGGGAUGGCAAGAGCAUCAUCUCAGCAUGGGAUGACGGGAGGAUCCGUGCCUUCCUGCCGGAGUCCGGCCGGCCGCUCUACGUGAUCCAGCACGCCCACAGCCUGGGCGUGACGGCCAUUGCUGCCACCAGCGACUGCCGGCGCAUCCUCAGUGGAGGGGGCGAGGGGCAGGUGAGAGUCUGGGAGAUUAGUGAGAAGACUCAGAAACUGCAGGAAGUCCUGAAGGAGCACGUGUCUGCUGUGUCCUGCAUUAAGAUUAAGAAGGAUGACCAAGAGUGUGUUACAGCCAGCCUUGAUGGAAUGUGCAUCAUCUGGGACAUUGUGCGUUUUGUGAGAAAACAAAUGAUGCUAGCCAACACGUUGUUCAAAUGUGUGUGUUACCACCCUGAGGAGUACCAGGUGAUCACCGGUGGAACGGACAGAAAGAUUGGCUACUGGGAAGUAUUUGAUGGCUCUACAAUCAGAGAAGUGGAAGGGUCUGCAUCAGGAUCCAUCAAUGGGAUGGACAUCACAUCUGAUGGGGCAUACUUUGUCACAGGUGGUGACGACCAUCUGGUGAAACUCUGGGACUACAACGAGGGUGCCGUGACUCACGUCGGAGUGGGACACAGCGGCAGCAUCACCCGCCUGAAGAUCUGCCCUGGGAACAAGUACAUUGUGAGUGUGAGUGCGGAUGGUGCCAUCCUGAUCUGGAGAUACCCAGGCGGGCAGUAG